AUGAGACUGGUCCAUGUGAACAGAGAGAUGAACAUGAAGACCCGCUCCAUAAGCUCCGCCCCCUGCACUGAGGAAGAGGAGGAAGAGGAGGAAGAGGAGGAGAGUCAUUCUGCUGAGAGGAAGAGGAGGAAGAGGAGGAAGAGGAGGAGAGUCAUUCUGCCGAGAGGAAGAGGAGGAUGGGGGAUGAAGAGGAAGAGGAGGAGACAAAGCGUGGCCCCCAGUCUGACCCCUGCACCAUCUGCAGCGUCAGCAGCUUCUCCCGGAGCCUCUCUCUUCUUCAAGGACACUUUCUGA